UCAAGUUUCAGUGGUUUUUGGUUUCCAUUCAUGAAUUUGGCGGGACAAGGUGGGACGCAACGCUAGACAACGCAUAUUUUAAUAAUUACAACCUCAAAAAUUCAAAAAUGCAUCUGCAUAUUUGCAUCAAACUGAAAAGUGAAUGGUGAAUGUUCAGGAGAAAAACAGUCCCAUUGCAUCAGAUGUAAAAACCACUAACCAUGGUUAAGCGAAAAUCUACUCCCCGGAGGGGGUCACCAACGAAAAAAUCAUCAACGAGGGUGUACCGAAUUGGGAACAAAUCUUUUAAGCUUCGAAACACCACCUUGAAACACAUUAAAAAGCUACAAAUGACGACAGCUUCAUGCAUUCCCAAGCUGCCGUUUUCGAGGGUAAUAAGGGAGGUACUGCAAGAAAGAACUGGUGCUGGUGAAGACUACAGGAUUCAACUUGCUGCUUUGGCAGCUUUGCAAGAAGCAGCAGAACUGUAUCUGGUGCAACUGUUUGAGGAUGCAAAUAAGUGUGCAUAUCAUGCUCGAAGAGUUACAGUUAACCCUACUGAUAUGAAUUUAGCUCUGGAGAUUAGAGGAGUCAAUGAUCCUGGCUACAUUAAGGAACUCUAAUCCUGGCUACCUCAGGACAUACAUAUAAGUGAUAUCCUUUCAUUCUGAACUAACUGAAAUAUUUCACUUGAAUUGAACUGAACCAGUUGAAAGUCUUUGGAAACAGCAGAACUAAUUCAGUUACUGAAAUAUUUCAGUUAGUUCAGAUUGUGAAAAUAUCAUUAUUAUUAUAACCCAACACAUGACUAAGAAAAUAUUUUUGUACUCUGUUUUGUAUGUUCAGAUUAUUUUGUUAUUCUUAUUUUAGUAGUAAUUAUUAAUAAGUUUUACUUUGUUUCAAGCUUAACAAGCUGUAUUAUAAUCAUAAUGUGGGGAUGUCACCUAUCAAUGUUCACUCAGGUCCACCUUUAUUUUAAUGUAAAUACACAUGUGAUAAUGAAUACAUAUUCAUUUUGUGAGUUGACUUUCAUAGUUCAUUCAUCCAUGUCAAAACUUUCAAUGAAAUA